UAUAGCGUCUGCCUGAGUUGUGGAGGGACCCUAUAGCGUCUGCCUGAGGGGAGGAGGGACUCUAUAACGUCUGCCUGAGUUGAGGAGGGACCCUAUAGCGUCUGCCUAAGAGGGACCCUAUAGCGUCUGCCUCAGGGGAAGAGGGACUCUAUAGUGUCUUCCUGAGGGGAGGAGGGACCCUAUAGCGUCUGCCUGAGGGGAGGAGGGACCCUAUAGCGUCUGCCUGAGGGGAGGAGAGACCCUAUAGCGCCUGGCUGAGUUGAGGAGGGACCUUAUAGCGUCUGCCUGAGUUGAGGAGGGACCUUAUAGCGUCUGCCUGAGUUGAGGAGGGACCCAAUAGCGUCUGCCUGAAGGGAGGAGGGACCCUAUAGCGCCUGGCGGAGGCGAGGAGGGGCCCUAUAGCGUCUGCCUGAGGGGAGGAGGGGCCCUAUAGCGUCUGCCUGAGGGGAGGAGGGACCCUAUAGCGUCUGCCUGAAGGGAGGAGGGACCCUAUAGCGCCUGGCUGAGGGGAGGAGGGACCUUAUAGCGUCUGCCUGAGUUGAGGAGGGACCUUAUAGCGUCUGCCUGAGUUGAGGAGGGACCUUAUAGCGUCUGCCUGAGGGGAGGAGGGACCCUAUAGCGUCUGCCUGAGGGGAGGAGGGACCCUAUAGCGUCUGCCUGUGGGGAUGAGGGACCCUAUAGCGUCUGCCUGAGGGGGGGAGGGACUCUAUAGUGUCUGCCUGAGGGGAGGAGGGACCUUAUAGCGUCUGCCUGAGGGGAGUAGGGACCCUAUAGCAUCUGCCUGAGGGGAGGAGCUGAUACUCUGAGUAAAGGACAUGGGAGGGAUCUGAAUUAAUUUCCUGAGCUUGUCUGAUAACGAUCUAUUCAAAAAUAUCCCGGGAGGGAUGUUGCCUCACAAGACUCCAUUUCCCACAUGCCCCAGGAAACCUCCAUACCUCUGGACUGCAUCACCUCCCUUGGGCGGCCGUUUGGAACAGAAAAACAGGAGGGUUUAAAUGCGCACAUCUCAAAUCACAUGAGAUUAUUAUCCAAUGGGAGCUCUCGCUGGAUUAAUGAGGCAACUAGUCACACCUGUGACACUCACCCACCUUUCACCACGGAGUCCCCAGCUUCCUCUCCCAGGGUUCUGAGCUGGCUGACUUUCAGGAGUCGCUGGUGCAACUCCGCCUCAUGGCCCGCUGUUACCGCGACGACAGGGCCGGCAUGAUGUGCUCCUCCUCGGAAGAGGAUGAUAUCUAUCCUGCAGUCCUCUCCGUCCCCGUGCUAAUCUCCCUGCAGUCGUCUCUGGCCCUGGGCCCGUGGCUGUCAGAGCUGCAGCGCGGUGCCAGCGCCCUGGACCCCCACCGCAUCGCCCCCAGCUUCCUCUCCCAGGGACCUGAGCUGACCGACUUCCAGGAGUCCUUGGAGCAACUCCGCCUCCUCUGCCACUGUUACAGUGAUGACAGCGGCGGGAUGAUGCGCUCCUCCUCGGAAGAGGACAACGAUGUUUGACAGUGAUGAUUGAUUGAUUGACUGACAACUGCUGAACCGCAAGAGUCAUUUUAUUUUCUGUCUUCUGCAUUUUUUAGCCCAGAAUGAUUCUUUGCACUCCAUACCAUCUGAAUAGAUGGGUCUCGAUUGACCUCGACUGGUAUUGACAGACCCACUUAGUCCACAUUGUAUAGGCAUCUGUGGAUCUGAUUGCUUUCAGACUCCGUGAGACUUGAUAAGGAUUUUGAAUUCUGGUUGGAAAGAAUGGACUGGCUGUUUGAGAUGGUGACAGAGAAAGGUUACGGUAAAAGGUUGAGGUUUUAACUGACAAAAGAUAAUAGUUGGACAAUGAAACUAACUCAAUCAUGAAAUAAAGGUGAGAAAUAAUAAAGGAAAGGUCAAUGAAGAGAUGAAGGGAGGAUGUCGGUGGGCUAUGCAGUGCCUUCGGAAAGUAUUCAGACCCCUUGACUUUUUCCACAUUUUGUUAUG